UCUAGUGGACGGUUCUUCAGAAACAGCUCGUCAACCACCUCGGAAGCUUGCUAGCCAACAUAGCCGAAAGAUUCAAGCUAUUUAGACGCUUUUUGUGUAUAUUACCUACUAUGUUUUAGACACACUUAUAUCGUAUCUACUUGUUGACCUAUUUAAUUUAAUAUUACGUUAUUUUGUAUUAGUCAGCUAUAGUAGCUGGCUGGUUAAGUUAGCACUAGCCGAGUCGCUAAUGAUAGAUAGCUAACAUCCCCGAACAUGAGCUCCCUAAACUACUCCCCUCCUGUUAAAGAAGAGGAGAUCUGCUGGACGGAGAAAGAAGCUCUGGGGCUGAACAUUGUCGUGAAAGAUGAGAAAGAAGAGGAUGUCACAGUAAAACAACAAGUAGAGGGUGAGGCUGUUACAGUGAAAGAAGAGAAAGACGUUUCAUUUAAAGAAGAGGAAGCCGCGUUCAGAGUGAAAGAGGAGGAGGAUGUUACAGUAAAGGAAGAGAAAGAGGAUGCAGUUUUCAGAGUGAAAGAUGAGGGGGAGAUGACUGUCACAUUGAAAGAAGAAGAGGUGGAGAAAGGAGAUCUGAUUAACACCAGAGAGAGACGGGACUAUCACGGAUCCUCUGGGGAGCCUCAACAACCUCAUGAUGCUGACGAGGCAGAACAGUCUCUCUCCAGGUCAGAACACCUCAAGAAACACCAGCAGAGACCUUCAGGGAAGAAUCCUCACUGCUGCUCUGACUGUGGAAAGGUCUUUUCAAAAUCAUAUACAUUACAAUCACACCAUAGAACACACACAGGAGAAAACCUGAAUAGCUGUACUCAAUGUGGGAAGAGUUUUGUUUCACCUUAUUAUUUGACUAUACACCAGAGAAUACACACAGGAGAGAAACCUCAUGGCUGUACACAAUGUGGGAAGAGUUUUGCUCAGUCAAGCUGCCUGAUAUCACACCAAAGAACACACACAGGAGAGAAACCUUAUAGCUGUGAUCAAUGUGGGAAGAGUUUUAUUCAGUCAAGUCAUCUUACGGCACACCAGAGAACACACACAGGAGAGAAACCUCAUAGCUGUGAACAAUGUGGGAAGAGAUUUACUCAGUCAGGUGGCCUGAUAUACCACCAGAGAACACACACAGGAGAGAAACCUUAUAGCUGUACUCAAUGUGGGAAGAGUUUUGCUACAUCUAGCAAUCUGACUAUACACCAGAGAACACACACUGGAGAGAAACCUCAUAGCUGUAACCAAUGUGGGAAGAGUUUUGCUCAGCCAAACAACCUGAUAUCACACCAGCGUACACACACAGGAGAGAAAUGUCAUAGCUGUGAUCAAUGUGGGAAGAGAUACUCUCGUAAAAGAUCUCUGAUCAAACAUCAGAAAAUACAUGCAUGAAGUUGUUUCAUGAUAUCAAUGAAAUAAUGUCACAAUGUAGAAUGUUUUUAACUUUGUAGUAGGAGUAUUUUAAUGAUGUCACAAUGGCAUGAUAAUGAUGGCAACAUUGUCUAAUUACUAUGUCAUCGUAUUUCCAGGACACUAUAGUGUCUUCCCAGAUAAUGGUAGCUAGCUAACUAUCCUUUUCACUGUUGUUUAAGCUGCAGUCAGAGUCAGUCAGAAUGUCCCAAUGUAGAACCAUAAAUGUUUGUCCCCUGUUUAAUUGAUUUCAACAUGAUAUGGAUAUUAGCCUCAGGGGAAAACUCCAGGCUCUGAAUUUAAAGAGUACUAUUUAAUGCAACACUUCAAAAUGUAGCUAGCUGUUUUCUACAAGUUGUCCUCUAACCAGUGAUGUACACAUUAUUCCCAGAAUCCGUGUGGUUUUUAAGCUGUUAGUUUUAACAGGACAUGCAACCUCAUCUCCCUCCUCUGGCGCAAUUGAUUUCAACAUGAUAUCGAAGAGUGAUGACAAAUGUUCCUUUGUUCCUUUGUUUAAGGACCCCUACAUUUAAAUGCAUCACUCCAAAAUGUAGUCGACUGUCUUCUGCAGGUUGUCCUCUAACCAGUGAGGUAAAAUAUAUAUCCUAUUUCAAUGUGUUUUGUUUAGUUGUGUUAGUUUCAACAGCACAUGCAACCUGAUUUCCCCCGUAAUUUAUAUCAGUGAUUUAUUGCUACUUGUUAAAACAACAGCGUUUUUGGUGCUUGUGCAGUUUAUAAGCUGCUUGUUUAAAAAAAUACAAGUAAUAUGAUUAUUGUGGCAGGUGUUUGUGUAUAUAGCACAUGUUAUGUUUAAGUUUUCAAUUUAUCCCAAACUGUUUCUGCAUAUUGGUUAUUGAUUUAGACACGUGUUUUGACAUUGGGGAUAUCCCACUUAGCAAAAUGUCAUUGCAAAGACGUUGAAAAUCAGACUAUGCAUCCAAAUAUUUAAUAUUUACAAUUCAUGUAACAUUUAGUAAUCAUAAUUAUUUAUGUAACCAACUGACAAUAUUUUGGGUACAAUUAUAUUGAUAUUGUUGGCCUGCUUUUAGAAUAUCAGGGUUCAUUCUCAGAUGUGCCAACCCAAAUUUACUAGAGCAUGACAUUGGGGACUGGGCCCCGAUCCAACAACAUGCCUAUCUACUGAACCCUGAAAAGAGAGAGAAGCUCCACAGUGAGGUUGAAAGUUACUACGGAUAUUGCAGGAGUUUCCUCUUGAAAUCAGAUAUGUCAGUGGUAAGGACAACUUGGUUGCUGAUUGUCACAAGGGUGGGCAGUCAAAAAUAUAUGUGUUUUGCGUUUCGCCAGUGCGUUGCCAUGGAUCACAAUUUAUCUUGACUGCAUGUGUUUCCGUAUUGGAGUUGGGUCGUGUUUGGGCUCGUUCCAAGGGGAGGAGAGUUCUAGAAGCUUGUGAGUUUUAGGAAGACAAGAGUUCUAGAUGCUAGUGAGUUCUAGGAUUCUAUAGAAAGAAAAAAGGAGAAACUAUACGAUUGUAUACUAUUAUUUAAAAAUGUGUUUUUUCUUGUUUUUAAUUUUUGACAGCCAGUAGAUACCCUGUUUAUAUUGAAGGUGAAGCAUUGUAGUUGAUUAUAGUGUGAAAUGGAAGUUGUUUUCUGGUGGUGAGAAAACAUGUCUAACAAAAAUAUAGGAUAUAUUUGUUGUCUAAAGGGGGAAGGUGUUACAGGCUUUGGUUUUUCCAUUUAUGUUUUGAGGUUGGACUUAGCACGUAGGACGCACUGAUUGGUGUUACCUCGUUAGUCAGUAUGUGUUACACCUGUGCUGGCUUGUCCAUUUCGUUAGUGGGAAGGUGUUUCACCUGAGCUGGUCCAGGUUCUAUUUAAGAGUGUCUGGCCCAGUGCUCCAGUUGUCUUGAUAGAUGUGGAGAGUCAACACCUUUAGUUGCGCCACUGUUUUGGUUUGCUUUCUGUCUGUACGUUUGGUGUGGGUUUUUCUUUUGUUCACCUCUUCAUGGUAGAUUUAGUGGGUCUCAUGGUGGGUGUCAUUUAUCGGCUUCCAGUGGUAGUUCUUUAUUCAACGAGAGACUGGACGGGCGGAAGAGGCCGCAGGCACGCGCAUCGACGAGAUGUCGCACCCGACGGGGUAAGAAGAAACGACUAUCAGAGGCAGAGGAGACCGUUCACACGGUCCCAGAACCCACGGGAUUUAGUGUCUUUAAUUUAUCAAGCAAGAUAUUGAGCCCUGCCCAUGUCUCUUUGCUUAAUAAAGGGUUAUCUUUUGUGCCUACAACUCAGUGCAACGAUUUUGAUGUUUAAGUUUUUUAGAAACAUCCGUUUAAGGGAAUACUUUAGCUCCCCUAAUUCUGACACUUCUAUUGAACCAGUAGGUUGCUCUCCUGCACGCACUCCGACUCCUUUUAGAAGCAAUAGUUAUUUUAUACCUCCAGCCAAUCGCAAUCACUCUAUCGAGACAUAUUGCACAAGAAUGUUACACAACCUCCAGGGCGCCCUAUUGCAGCGGGCAUUGAUGCAGUACCGGCCCCUCUAUCUACUUUUGUUGAUUCUUUUUUAUUUAUUUAUUAGACCACUCGCAGAACAGCUACCCUCCUUUGUAAAGGACACCAGCAGUAUGAUCUCUAUCAUUGAAUCUCUUGAUCAUCUCCCUGAGAAUACCGUGUUAGUUACUUUUGAUGUUGAGUCAUCAUACACUAAUAUUCCACACGAGGGCGGUAUUGAAGCUAUGGAACAUUUUCUUCUGCAACGUGACCCUAAUGAAUUACCUUCCAGUGCAUGCAUUGUAACAUUGGCUGAAAUAGUAUUCACGGUAACUAUUUCAUGUUUCUAAAUGAUUUCUUUAUUCAGACGAAAGGCACUGCUAUGGGAUCCCCCAUGGCUCCUAACUAUGCUAAUUUGUAUGUGGGUUAGAUGGAGAAAGAGUCUAUUUUCAAUCCUUCAAUUUUCAAGCCUCACAUCAUUAUUUGGAAACGGUAUAUUGAUGAUAUUUUUGAUCUAUGGAGGGGUGAUGCAAAACAGCUCCAGGCGUUCCAUGCUUUUCUUAACUCCCGUUCUGAGCAUCUGAGAUUUACUAUGCAAUCUGAUACACGUCAAAUCAGUUUUCUUGAUCUUCUGAUCGUGUGAAUAUGUUCUAUACACUGAUCUUUACAGGAAGCCUACUGAUCGUAACAGUUUGUUGAGGGCUGAUAGUUGUCACCCACUUCCCUUGAAAAAUAGUUUGCCCUACAGCCAAUUCUGUCGAAUCAAAAUAAUUUGCAAAAAACAGUCCGAUUUUGACAGAAAUAUGGCUGAGACGCAAAGAAAGUUCAAGGAGAGGGGCUACAAGAAUGAUCAGAUUAAUAUUGCCAUUGAGAAAAUUCAAAACAUGACCUUUUUCAAAGUCAGUCUCGCAAAAAGACUCAUUCUUGCGUUCUAACUUCCCGCUAUUCAAAGUGCUCUGAACAAAUUAAGGGAAUUGUUCACAAACAUUGGCACAUCCUAAAAUCCGAUGAUAGUCUCGGUAAUGUGUUUUCGGACCUUCCCUUGGUCGUAUUUUCGCGGGGCAGAAAUCUCAGAGACCAAUUGGUAAACUCUGAUUUACCACCCCAAGAUAUUCCUGAACAACGUCUAUUUGCACCCCUACUGGAUGGAAAUUACAAAUGUAAUGGCUGUGCUCAAUGCAAUGGCACUUGUAGAUCCUUCAAACACCCACAAACAGGGAAAUCGAUCCCAAUAAAAGGUGUUAUUACGUGCUCCACUAAGGCAGUUAGUUAUCUUAUAAGUUGUCCUUGUGGUAAAAAUUAUGUAGGUAAAACAAAGCGCGAAUUAAAAGUACAUAUCUCAGAGCAUCGUUGCACCAUUACGUGUAAAACCUUUACUUAUCCAGUUGCGGCCCACUUCUUGGAGGCAGGCUACUCGAUUUUGUCUCUGCGUUAUAUUGGCAUCGAACAUGUCACCCUCCCUAGGAGAGGGGGUGACCUUGAUAAUUUAUUGUUAAAACGAGAGGCUGCCUGGAUCUUUAAUUUAAAGACCCUUGCGCCCUUCGGUCUCAACGUAGACUUUGAUCUGAAGCCAUUCUUGUGAUUAUUGUGACUUUGCCAUUGUAAUUGUUUGUAAACUUGUAUAGUCAAAUUAAUCUAUGAUCGUAUGCUGUCCAUUUGUUUGUAUGCUGUUCUUUGUAUGACAUUUUAAUAUUUGAUUAUUAACCAAUGAUAUUAGGCCACUCCUGGCCAUGAUUACAAACACCUGUGUCUUUUGACACUAUAUAAACGAGUCAUCCCGCAGUGUUUGUGAUUAUACCCUGAUGAAGACAGCUUGGCUGUCGAAACGUUGGUAUUACAUUUUUGCAUCUGAGCUCCUAGAGUGUGCGGCUCUCUUUUAUUUUCAAGUUUCUACUCCGCAAGCCAGCACCUCGUCUUAAUAGGUGUGCGUUUCUUUUUCUUCUAGGGUGUCUUUUAUGUCCCAGUUGUUGUUACUCGUCAACUUCCAGUGGACACCCCUAUAGUGUCUUUCAGAGCCACUCCUAAAAAACAAGCUUAUAUUUUGGGUUGGAUAUUGCAUCCAAUUAAUAUUUUAAUCAAUGGAAUUUCCUUAGAAUGUUCAUUAGUCUUUCAGUUGUUAGUCUUCUGUUGUGUACUAAAUAUUUUUGUUUAUUUUCAUUUAGUUUUUUUCCUGUGAAGCCAUUGUGUUGCAUCCAUGUCUGAAAUGUGCUGUAUAAAUAAAGCUUGAUUUGAU